AUGUUCGGAAAGAAACGAGACCCGGAGAACCAGGGCAACCAUGCCGCCAAAGGCAAUGGCUACAAUUUCAUGGUCGUUUUCUUCGCCGCUCUCGGCUCCUUCACGUACGGGUUCAGCAGCUCUAUCAUUGGAGCUGUGUUUGGACUGCCGUCUUUCUUUGCGUAUUUCGAUCUCUCCCUGGAGGGUGAGGGCGCGAAGCAUGGGAAUGACAUUAUCGGAGCUGCCAACGGGCUAUUCGCCGGCGGAGGCAUGAUUGGAGCCCUCAUCAUCUCGCCGUCGCUGAACAAAUUCGGACGGAAACUCACCAUCCAAGCUAUCUGCGUCAUUUGUGUAGUGGCGUCCGCCAUUCAAGGUGGAAGCGUACAUAUUGGAAUGUUUCUCGCUGGUCGAUUCCUGAGCGGUCUCGGUGUCGGCAUGAUGCAGGUGUCCGUACCGAUUUACCAGUCCGAGCUGUCGCCGGCGAAGCAACGCGGUCGCAUGGUCGGAGGACAUGGAAUUCUGAUCGUCUGCGGCUACGCUAUGGCUGCAUGGACAGGAGUCGGAUGCUUCUUCGCAGCACCAGAAGUGUCAUGGCGACUCUGUCUGAGCUUGCAGAUUGUAGCCCCCCUUAUACUUGCGAUCGGUUCGCCGUGGCUCCCUGAGUCUCCGAGAUGGCUCAUCGCCCACAACAGAGAAAAGGAGGGCCUCGCCGUACUCCAGAGGCUCCACGUUCGACCGGGCGACACGAAUGACAUCGCAGCGAAAGAAGAAUACUACCAGAUCCGGAAACAGAUCGAGCUCGAGGCCCAGACUGGUGUUACAACCAUGUGGCAGAUGUUCAAGCGGAGGUCUUAUGUCAAGCGCAUCCUCUGCGGCGUGCUGGUACAGUUCGCUGCCCAAUCAACCGGAGUUCUGGUCGUGAACAACUACCAAGUCUUGCUCUACGGGAAUCUCGGUCUUGAUGGGUGGUUACCUUUGGUGCUGUAUGGCAUCUACACCUCCUGGGCGGCCUUCCUCAACUGGAUCAACUCUCUCAUCCUGGACCGUAUCGGAAGACGCCCUGUCAUCAUCUUCGGACUGAUGGGAUGCGUCGCGAUGAUCACCAUCUACACUGCCAUGGUUGCCGAGUACGCAGGCACCGAUAAUCGCGCAGGAAAUGCCAUGGGUGUCCUCUUCCUAUUCCUCUUCGUUACCUUCUACGGCGCCUCGCAGGACGCAUCGAGCUACGUAUACUGUGCCGAGAUCUUCCCUACUGGUGUCAGGGCGCAGGGGUUGUCGAUUGCCAUCGCUACGCUUUUUGGCUCAACCCUGCUGUACACCGAAGCUGCUCCUAUCGCCUUCUUGAAGGUCGGAUGGAAGUAUUACCUGGUCUUUAUCAUUGUCCCCGCCCUCUGUGUGCCGCUGGAAUACCUCUUCCUGCCGGAGACGAAUGGCCUGACCUUGGAAGAAAUUGCAGACAAGUUCGGCGACGAAGUAGCUGUUGAUCUGUCCCAUCUCAGCGAGGACAGGCGCAGGGCGCUCGACGAGAGCUUGAUGGCUGUCGGCGCUGAUAUGAUCGAGACUCCGCUGAGUGGUGUGGAUGAGAAGCACACCACCACCAUGAAGGAGAAGAUCUGA